UAGUGUCUCCCGGCAAAAAAAAAGAAAAAGAAAAAGAAUGGCAUCUUAUUUAACAGUAACAAGUACUACACGUAAAUACUUAGAAGCACUUCCUGCAUUCGAUGAAGCUUAUUUGGAAAUUAAUGCGUUGCGAGCAAGGCCUGAACUUAAAUCACCUGCCGUCUUUCCUGUUGUCAAUGUCGAGACAAUGAGCGUGCCUGGAACACCAGAUCUUAGUGUCGAUGUCUAUCGACCAAGUGAUAGUAAAGACAGCGUUUUACCCGCGUUAAUCUACAUUCAUGGUGGAGGAUGGGCGUUGCAUUCAAAUAAAGAUGCGUACAGGUUUCUUUGUUCUAAGAUUGCUGAUACGGUUAAAUGUGCAGUGUUUUAUGUACAUUAUACUUUAAGCCCUGAGGCUCAAUUUCCUAUCGCUGUUGAGGAAUGUUACAGUGUUUUCUCUUGGGUUACAAGUUUGGAACAUGGCGGAACAUUAAAGAUCGAUCCUACUCGUGUCGCUAUCGGCGGUGAUUCUGCUGGUGGUAACUUGGCCAUUGCUGUUACCUUGCUUGAUAAGGAACGAAAUGAAGAGAGAAAGCUUGUUUAUCAAGUCUUGUUCUAUCCUGUGACCGAUGCAGUUUUUAAUACAGGAUCCUAUUACGAAUUUGGUAAAGACUUUGGCCUCGUUCGCAGGAUGAUGGAGUAUUUUUGGGAUUUGUAUGUACCUGACAAGGUGGAUCGACAAAACAUUCUUGCUUGUCCGCUCAAGGCUACGCUGGAUGAAUUGAAAGAUUUGCCUCCUGCUUUGAUUAUAACUGCAGAAGCAGAUAUAUUAAGAGACGAGGCCGAAAUUUUUGCUCGUAAAUUGAUUCAGGCUGGUGUACCUGUCACCAGCACUCGUGUUUUGGGCGUCUUGCACGGAUUUAUGACAAACUCGUUGUUGUAUUCCGAGGAAACCUUAAGUUCAUUAGAUAUGGCUAUGGGAGCUCUUUGCCGAUGUUUUGCUUGAAGAUAAAUGUAAUUUUAUUCAUCUACGAUCAAUGUAUGUGUGUUUAUAUAUAUGUGAAAAAAAAAAAAAAGAAAAAGAAAAAAAAAAGAUGUAAAAAGAAAAAGUAUUAUAAAAAAAAAAAAAAAAAAAGGGUAGGAUUGCGGUU